AUGCGCUCAAGAUACUGAAAUAAGGCCGAUAUCAUCAGACUUGAACAAGUGGAUCAUGUGGUUAAUGAGCAUACUAUCCUUGCAGAUAUAGAUCACCCCUCCUUAGUUUCCCUAAAAGGGUUCGGCCAAGACUCUCGAUAUCUCUAUUUCCUACUCGAAUUCAUCCAAGGAGGCGAAUUAUUCACAAGGCUUAGGACUCAGGGGUACCUUGGAGAUGAGGAAGCAAGAUUCUUUGCAGGGCAAGUGACCUUAAUGUUUGAGUACCUCCACUCCAAAAAUAUAAUUUAUCGGGACCUAAAACCUGAGAAUUUGCUCAUAGACCAGGAUGGAUAUCUCAGACUGACAGACUUUGGCUUUGCCAAAGUUUGUCAUGGUCGGACAUACACAUUAUGAGGAACUCCUGAGUAUAUGGCUCCAGAAAUUUUGAUGAAUGUUGGUCACGGUAAACCAGUCGACUGGUGGACCCUCGGAGUCCUCAUCUAUGAAAUGCAUGCUGGAAUUGACCCAUUCCACGAGAGCGAUCCCAUGGCUAUUUAUAAAUAAGAUCCUCAAAUGUAAAGUUAAAUUUCCUAAGGAAUUUGAUAAAAGAUGCAAAAGUUUGGUUAAAAAAUUACUAGUUCUUGAUCCAACAGAGAGGUAUGGACUAGUCAAAGCAGGAAAAUUAGAUAUCAAAUCUCAUAAAUGGUUCAGCGGGGAUUGGGAUUGGCAUGAGCUCCUGGACAGAUCAAUGACCCCUGUAUAUAAACCUGAAUUCUACUGCCAAGAUGAUACAUCUAAUUAUGCCAGAUACCCAGAUUCUCCAAUUGAAGCAGAAGAGGUUCAUGAGGAAGAAGAUCCUUUCUUGAUAUGGUAG